AUGGCGUCCAGCUGGAUCUAUCUCGCCAUCGGCAGCGGACUCGCAGCUGGCCUCAAUGGGCUCUUUGCAAAGCUUGUUACAACGACGUUAACGACCUCAUUUGCGUCUGCAAUCGCGCGGGCGUUUUCGUUACCGGAGGAUGAGAAGGUGGUUGAGUAUAUUGUUCGAGGGCUCUUCUUUGGACUGAAUUUGUUGUUCAAUGCUAUCAUGUGGGGUUUAUUUACUGCUGCACUAGCCAAAGGCUCCUCCGCCACAAAAGUCAGCAUCGUCAACACCUCCUCAAAUUUCAUGAUCACCGCCAUCCUUGGCUGGCUCGUCUUCUCCGAGUCCCUACCGGGCACAUGGUGGCUAGGAGCUAGUCUACUAGUUGCCGGGAACGUGGUCAUCGGCAUGCGAGAUGAUGGGUCCGCUGCUAACACGGGAUACGAGGCCGUUAGGACCGAGGAGCCGGAAGAAGAGGAACUGCAGUCUAGGCGCAAUAGUGAGAGCGAGAGUGAGAGUGAGAGUGAAGAGUCCCGGGAACCCAGAUGA